UGCAUCGUGACUUUGAACGUGACGCCACCCCGCCGCCUGCCUGCUGCGCGGAUCCGACCGCGCCCUACUUUCCUGUACCGGCGCGCAAUCGACUGCGCUGUGACCCGCUCUCAACCACACGUCCGAUACUACACGGGACCGCGCGCCCUCGCUGCGACCCCGAACACUGGGCCUGCCUUGACGAACGCGCACUCUCAUCUCCACCACUGAGAACCACAAACGUCUCUACGCAGCCCACAGCGCCAGAGCACGAUGGAGGACGAGGAGCAACAGCCGAAUAAGCGGUCUUUCAGGCAGAGCUUCCGCCAGACGAAGAAGCCCGCCAGCAAUGGCGCCGAAGGCCACUUCUCCGGCCUGGGAGCCAAGCUCAUGGGGAAAAUGGGCUGGAAGAAAGGCGAGGGCUUGGGCGCGUCGGGGGACGGCAUCGCUGCGCCCAUCGAGGUGAAGCUGCGUAAUACCAAGGGAGGAGUCGGCGCUGUCAGCGAGCUGAGCGAGCAACAGAAGAAAGAGGCGAGGCGGAGGGCCAAGAAAGAUGCCGAGGAGAGGGGCGAAGUUUACGUGGACUCGAGCGAGGAGGAGCGGCAGCGGCGCAAGAGGCGCAAGGUUGGAGGCGGCAUGGGCACAGGCACGUCGACCCCGAGCUCUACGCCGCGGCCGAAGAAGACCAUCUACGAUUUGAAGGCUGCUGGCUUCGAAGUGCCGCGCCAGCUACAGAGCAUCGUCGAUGCGACAGGAACACAAGUCAAGACAUCGUCCCUCAGUCUGCGCGGCGAGCAGCCCGUGUUCCAAACGAGCCUUGCUGGAAAAGUACAACGAGAACUCGCCGCAUUUGCGGAUGCGGCCGAAGCGGUUGACUCGGAUGCUCAGAACAUCCAACUGGAGACUGAACGCCUGGAAGCCGAGCUCAAAGCACUGGAGCGCGACGUCGCAGAGCUGGAGGAUAUCCGUUCACGGAUAGCAGAGCUGCCUUCGAAGAAAUGGCCGGAGUUGAUUGAAGGACUCAAGAACCUGCGCAAGGCUUACCCCUCGCGCAGUUUUGAGAAGGAAGCCAUUGCGGUGAUAAGACCCACCUUUGAGAAGCGCAUUGUAGGCUGGGAUCCAGCCACGGACACGCUGGAGGAUCUUGCAAGGAGCCUGGAGGACUUGAGUGUGGGAGAGCCAUCCUCAGGGAACUCUACAAUUCCUUCACGCGACGUUGGCCGUGUCGUUCUGGCGCCCGUCUAUCCUCGGAACGAGCAACUCAGUCGGCGAUCUACAACGCCCUACGAGACCCUGAUGUUAUCAUGGUUCUCACACCUUCAGACCGCCAUGGUCCACAGCUUCCAGCCCGAUUCACCUUCCGCAUCAUCUUUCCUACGGACUAUCGACACGUGGUUCCCAGUCCUGCCCGCAUUCAUCAAAACGAGGAUCAGCAAGCAGAUUAAGCUCCGAUGCUCAGCUGCCAUAGACUCGUGGAACGUGCGCAAAGCCAUCAAACACAGAGAGACGCCUCUUCCCCAGUGGAUAUUCGAUUUCUUGCCACACUACCCGGACAUCUUCACGACAUGCAAAGGCAAGCUGCGCACCGUGCUGGAGAUCUGGCCGAUGCACAGGGGCGUGAUACCAGGCAUACAACUCUGGAAGAAAGCCUUCCCCGGCCCCGUAGACCACAUGCUUGUCAAGCAUCUUCUUCCCAGGCUAGCAGAGCACCUGCGCAGUCUCGAGAUCGACCCCGCCGACCAGAAACUCGACGUCGUGUCCGCCGUCAUGGCGUGGAAGCCCCUCUUCUCGUCCAAAGUCAUCGCAGAGCUGCUGCACUCGGCGUUCUUCCCCAACUUCUUCAGCGUGCUGCACUCGUGGUCUAGCUAUGCGGAAGCGCAGUACGCCGAGAUCGGCACAUGGGUGCAGUGGUGGAAAGACGAGACGCUGGGCGAGUACAUUGCGGAUCUGGAGAGUGACUGGAUCCAGGCGUACAAUCUCAUCAACGCCGCGCUUGACCUGCUCGAUCUCAACGGCGACAAGGACACCAUCAUGGAGGACCUCCCACUCCCCAACGUCGAACUCGAGCGCGUCGCCCCUGCACCCGUGACGCCGCAGCCCGCGCGGUCCAAGAAACCCGAGCCUGUCCCCCAAGAAGCCGAAGAUGUCUCGUUCAAGGACUACGUCGACUCCUGGUGCGCAGAGCAGGACCUGCUGCUCAUGCCGCUGCGGAAGAAGGACGAAACAACGGGCAUGGCGCUCUUCCGCAUCGCAGCAAGUGCCGUCGGCGCAGGCGGCAUCGUGGUGCACUUCCAGGGCGACAACGUCUUCGCCCAGAACAAGAAGGACAAGAGCACUUGGGACCCGGUGGGCUUGGAUGAGGAGUUGGUGAAGCGGGCCGAGGGGAGGUGAGCGGGCGGCAGAUAGUCGUGUACAACAGCGACGGCGAGAGGCAGAGGGGACGCAUUGAGGGGGCAGCAUCGGCAUAGGGUAAGCUCCCACUGCUCUUCUUUCCCAGAGCACAUACGUCCUACUGGCUCCUUGCUAAUUCGAGACUAUGUCCAUCAUUGCGGGCUUAGGUAGAUAGCUAAACAGUAAAUACCCUGCACGGAUACAUCUGGUUUUGCGUCCGAGUUGAAUAGCAACGUGUACAUGGGUAGAAUGGAUACUGUCAGUACCUCGUCGGAAGACUUCGUCACGCAUUUGAAGUGCCAGGGUGCGGCAAUGCCUCUUUCGUAGCAGACUCAAAGAGUGAAAAUCGCAUUAAACAUGUA